UAUCUAACAAAUUAAACAAAAUAUUCAAAAUACCAAUGUUACUUCACACGUUAUGGUUCUUCAUACAAUUUAUACAUAUGUAUAUCAAAAUAUCUGAUAUAUUUCGAUACAGAGAUCAAGCAUGGACAUUUGAAUAUACUUUAGACGGCUUAUAUGAUAUUUCCAAUUUCAUUGUGCACAGCAUCAUAUUUAUCAUAUUAAACUACAUAUGUCAAACUGUUUACUAUAAGAUAAACGAGACAGUAGUAAUUCUUCACAAAUUGUCCAAUUAUAAUCGCGAUGAGGUGUUACGUCGUCUGAUUUUACAAUUUAUAUUCCAAAUAAAACUCAAGAAGGUAAAAUUUGGAGUGGGAUAUUUUUACUAUGGAUAUAAUUUCAUUUACCAGUUGCACAUUGCAGUUUUGGACUACCUAAUAUUUAUACUAUCGGUACGUAAUCUAUAUGAGACAAUGCUACAAGAAAAAUUUAUU